AGUUCUUGAAUGCCAGUGUUGGUUUUGGUGGAUCUUGCUUCCAGAAGGACAUCUUGAACUUGGUUUAUAUCUGUGAGUGCAAUGGGCUUCCUGAGGUUGCAAAUUACUGGAAACAAGUCAUUAAGGUGAAUGACUACCAGAAGACCCGGUUUGUGAACCGGGUUGUUUCCUCAAUGUUCAACACAGUCUCGGGAAAGAAGAUUGCAAUUCUUGGGUUUGCUUUUAAGAAGGACACUAGUGAUACCAGGGAGACCCCAGCCAUUGAUGUCUGCAAAGGUUUGUUGGGGGACAAAGCCCGGUUGAGCAUAUACGAUCCACAAGUGUCUGAGGAUCAGAUCCAGAGGGAUCUUUCAAUGAAGAAGUUCGAUUGGGACCAUCCAGUUCAUCUUCAGCCAGCAAGCCCUAUGUCUAUCACUCAAGUUAGUGUCGUUUGGGAUGCUUACGAGGCAACAAAGGAUGCUCAUGGUAUUUGCAUUCUGACUGAGUGGGAUGAGUUUAAGAAGCUUGAUUACCAGAGGAUCUAUAACAAUAUGCAGAAGCCUGCAUUUGUGUUUGAUGGCCGGAACAUUGCAGAUGUGGAGAAGUUGAGGGAAAUUGGGUUUAUCGUUUACUCUAUUGGAAAGCCACUAGAUUCAUGGCUCAAAGAUUUGCCAGCAAUCGCAUAAAUACUGAGAAGCAUAAUCGUAUAGGCUUUU